UGACUCGGGCUCGCGCACGCAGGGUGGGGGGAGGGAGCGCACGACGUGCGCGCGCCCUCUCCCUCCUCCACCGCUGCCGCCUCCUUCUUCUGCCGCUCCUGGUGCUGCUUGUGUGCUCGUUCCGUGCGGACCUGGUACCUCUUUUGUGAAGCGGCAGCUUGAGGAGACUCCGGCGCUCGCCAUGGCGGACGAAAAGCCCAAGGAAGGAGUCAAGACUGAGAACAACGAUCAUAUUAAUUUGAAGGUGGCGGGGCAGGAUGGUUCUGUGGUGCAGUUUAAGAUUAAGAGGCAUACACCACUUAGUAAACUAAUGAAAGCCUAUUGUGAACGACAGGGUUUGUCAAUGAGGCAGAUCAGAUUCCGAUUUGACGGGCAGCCAAUCAAUGAAACAGACACACCUGCACAGUUGGAGAUGGAAGAUGAAGAUACAAUUGAUGUAUUCCAGCAGCAGACAGGAGGUGUCUACUAAAAAGGGAACCUGCUACUUUACUCCAGAAUUCUGUUGCUCCAGACCAAGAAGACAUUCUCAAUUAGAAAACCGCAAUUUGGUUCCACCACAUCCUGACUACUACAGUAUAGUUUCUCUAUUCUUUCAUUUUCCCCUUCCCCAUUCCUUUAUUGUACAUAAAGUAACUGGUGUAUGUGCACAAGCAUAUUGCAUUUUUUUUUUUAACUAAAUGGCCAAUGGUAUGUUUUGAUCGACAUCAAAUGGAGAUGGGAUGGGGAAAAAUACUGAUUCUGUGAAAAUACCCCCUUUUCUCCAUUAGUGGCAUGCUCAUCAGCUCUCUAUCUUUAUAUUCCAGUAAGUUAUUUUGCUCUCACUGUUUAACAAAAAAAAGAACAACAUAAAAAUUCUUGCAUACCUUGUUCGAUUGGAGAAUUUUAAUGUUUUUCAUUUAUCAUUGUAAAACCAAGGACAAUUUUAUAACUUUUUUGUACGUAGCUGUUACAUGUAGGGCAAUCUGUCUUUAAGUAGGGAUAAAUUACUCUAAAAGAAAUGAAUCCUAGAUAGUUUUCCCUUCAAGUCAAGCGUCUUGUUGUUUAAAUAAACUUCUUGUUUAAAAUGA